UGCAUUUCUCUGCCCCCACCCUAGUGAAGCUGGUGGCGACUGGCAUUUGCUAAGCCGUUUUUUUGGCUGCAGAGCAGUCAUGGGGAUGGGAGCUGUUGGGGAAUAUUCUGCAAGAUCUCAUAUACACCAGAGCCGUGACCUCGCAAGCCCUCGCGUUUUACCCCAGUAGGGUUUGUUGGGGGGGGGGAGAAUCUCUGCAACUCUCCUCCCUCCUAUUGUGGCAGGGGGAGAAUCACAUGCAUCAUUAUGACCUGGUUUCUGCAGCUGGUGGAAGCCUGGGCAGAAGGCCAAAGGCAAGAGAGAGUGUGUGUGAAAGAGAGAGGGAGCUGCCUCUUUAAAGGACCCCUGGAAUCCAAGGGGCAGUGUGCACUGGUCUCCGAGUGCAAAACUUUAUUCAAGUGUAAAGCACACAUACACAGCGAGAGAGCAAGAAACGGGGAACAGAUUGCAGGGCAGAGGCCAGGCCUGGGUCUCUGGCCAAAGGGGGCCAGCAAAGGAGAAACCGGGCAACAUCUAAGAUUGGGAGAGAGCGUGCACCAGGGGCUGCAGGGGUGGCGGACGGAGGAAUAAGCAGGUCCAGAACUGGGCGGGGGCUGGAGCCAACAGGACGGUUCAGAAGAGGUGGGCAUCGAGGCAAAGAAGAGGACACAGGUUGGAGGAGAUAGGAGGCCGGAGUGACAGCUGACUAGGAGUAGAAGGCAGAGAUGGGAGCCCAGCCGAGAAAUAAAUCCUGGAUGGGUGAGGGCUCCUCGCCUCUGUGGGCAGUGGUGGGCUCCACCGGUUGGCCUGUCGGCCAUUUCUGCCUCUCCGCCUGCCUCUUCCUGGUAGAGCUGGUGGCCAGCCGGGUGACCGGCUCACUGCUCCUGCUUUCCUGCGCAUUCCACACCCUGGGAGGUGCACUGGCUCUUGCUGUGGCCUUGACCGAUGCCUGGCUGGCGACCGGAGGACACCCCAGUCGGAGGAAUACCUUCGGGUGGGUGCGAGCCCGCAUUGCGGGCACCCUGGCCAGCGCCGUCUUCCUGAGCGCCCUGUGCCUUGCGCUCCUGCCCGAGGCGCUCCGCAGAGUGUCCGAUCCACACGUCACACAGCAUGCGUUGGCCCUGAUGGGGAUCGGGGCCGUGGGGAUCCCGAUCCACCUUGCCAGGGUGGGACUGCCUGGCCAGCAGCCCCAAGACCCAGGCACCAGGCCGUGCUGCAGCAGAAGGAGGGUGACCGAAGGAGACAGCUGUGCCCAGGAGAUGGAAGAUCUGCUGGGCAACGGCUCCUCGGCCAACGGGCAGCCCUGGAUGGAGGAUGACAGGGAGGCCAGCCCCAUGCCCCCCACAGAAAAAUUGGGGCAGUGGACAACGCUUUGCCUUGGCCGGGUGGUCGCCUGCCUGGGCCCUGCGGCCGUCCUUCUGUACUCUCUCAUGUUCCACCUGCUGUGGCCUCCUUGCCUGGGCAACGCAGCCUGCCUCAGCCACUGCCCCAGGUCAACCUGUUGGGCCUGGCAUACUGCGGAGGCACUGCAGUGGGGACGCGCCCCUUGCUGGCUGCUCUACCUGGACCCUGGGCUCGCCGUGGCUGUGUCGGUGGCCCUGCUGUGCUUGGCGUGGCCUGCUCUGCAGAGCUCCGCUCUGGUCCUCAUGCAGGCCGCACCGGAAGAACUGGACCUGAGGCUGCUGGAGCUGCAGCUGCGGGCCACGGAAGGCGUGGUGGCCGUGCGGGACCUCCGCGUCUGGCAGCUCGACGGGCCCAGCAGUUUAGUGGGCACUGCCCACGUGCACUGCCGGGACGUGGCCACGUGCGAGGCCGUGUUGGACAGGGUCCAGCGGGUGUUCUGCGAGCAUGGCGUUCACGCUGCCACGGUUCAGCCAGAUCUCAGUGUUUGUCCGGGCAGCAGGUGGUGCGAGGGGGCAUCACAAAAGAGGUGCCUGGCCCCGUGCCCUGCCAUGGUCAUGGAAUACGAGACCACGGUGUGAGCUGAGCAAA